AUGGACGGCCCCGAGCCAGAGACGACGCCCUUCGACGCCAUCCAGCUGCAGGGCAACAAGCUCGUACGGAUCUACCAAUCCUACCUCGACGCCUCAACCCCCUACACCCCGCACCGCUGGGGCGUCACCAUCCUCCUCCUAACCGCCUUCUUCGUCCGCAUCCUCCUCGUCCAAGGCUGGUACAUCGUCGCCUACUGCCUCGGUAUCUACCUCCUCAACCUCUUCCUCGCCUUCCUCCAGCCCAAAUUCGACCCUUCCCUGAACCUCGAGUCCACUGAAGAUGAGGGUUUGGAGGGUGGGCAAAGCAGUCUGCCAACGAAAGCGGACGAGGAGUUUCGACCGUUUAUCAGGCGGUUGCCGGAGUUUAAGUUCUGGCAUAGUGCGACAAGGGCGGUGGUGAUUGGGCUGUUUUGUACGUUUUUUGAGAUUUUUAAUCUGCCGGUUUUCUGGCCUGUGUUGGUGGUUUAUUGGUUGAUUUUGCUGGUUUUGACUAUGAGGAGACAGCUUCAGCAUAUGAUCAAGUAUCGGUAUGUGCCCUUCAGUUUUGGGAAGGCGAAAUAUGGUGCGAAGCUGCUCAUGAUAUCCGUCAUCUUCUCGAACGUCCAACUCAACUUCCCUGACUCGGGGCUCCUCACACUCGAUGUCCCACCAGAUCUCACACUCCAAGACCUCCGAGCACUGAUCGAGAGCGAGACAGGUGCGCCAGCCCAGAUUCAGACACUCGAAAGAGAGGGUCAAGCUCUACAAGACGCUAGCCAGACGUUGCGUCAACUUGGCAUUAAUCACAAUGACAUACUGGGUCUACGUGUAACACGGCCGCAACAGCCUCAGCAAGGUGGUCAACCACGAGCACCAAAUCCAGCUGCAAGACAGGCAUCGGAACAACUUCGUCAACAGCUACUGACCAACCCGGCUAUGCAAGGACAGGUCCGCCAAGUAGCACCCGAAUUGGUCGAAGCCAUCGCAGAUCCUGCUCGGUUUGAGCGGCUAUUCACAGAGCGGGAGCGCCGGGUGCGGGAAGAGCAGAGACGAGCCCAGGAGGAAAUCGAUAGACUCGACAACGACACCAACAAUCCCGACUCUCAAGCAGAAAUCCUACGACGUAUCAGACAGCAGGUGAUUGCAAAGAACCAAGAAGAGGCUUUUGAACAGAAUCCAGAGUCAUUCGGUACCGUCACAAUGCUGUACAUCGAUGUCCUGAUAAACGGAGUACCCAUCAAGGCAUUUGUCGAUUCAGGCGCACAGAAGACCAUCAUGAGUCCCAGUGCAGCGGAAAAGUGCGGCGUUUCACAUUUGAUUGACGAAAAAUGGGGCGGCAUUGCACGAGGCGUUGGUACAGCAAAGAUCCUCGGACGAGUACAUCAUGCGAUCAUGCAGUUUGGCGACUACGAGGCUCCGGCAAGCUUCAUGGUCAUGGAGGGAAAGGACGUCGAGCUACUGCUGGGUCUCGAUAUGCUGAAGCGCCAUCAGAUGUGUAUCGACUUGCAGGAGAAUUGUCUGAAAGUACUGGGCACCAAGAUCGAAUUUCUACCAGAGCAUCAACUGCCGAAGAUGAUGGACAACAUUCUGGAGAACGAGCCGAAAGUAGCAGGUCCGGGGGGCUCAACAAUCGGUACAGAGACCGGCACCAUACUGCCUCCUGGACACUCAGCCAAUACGUCUUCGAAAUCACCGGCCGCUGCAUCAGGGUCUGCCCCACAUGCGGCAUCAUCAUCGUCAGCACAAAAUCCAUCACAACCGCAGACUCAGACUCAGUCACAAAGGCCGGCCCAGCGCUCAAAUCAGAUCACUGAAGAAAAGAUCAACACGGUGAUGCAGCAUGGCAGCUGCGAUCGUGCCCAAGCCGUUGCACUGUUGGAGGCAGCAGGAGGCAAUCCUGAACUUGCUCUUGGACUGCUGUUCAAUUAG